AUGUCGGAUGAACGCAUCCGCCUGGUGAUCCUGGGAGGGGCGGGGGUGGGCAAAAGCUGCAUAGUCAAGAGGUUCCUCUUCAACCAAUACGUAGACCGAUACAAAAGUACUGUUGAGGACUUGUACAACCGAGAGUUUGACCUAGGACCUGUCACGAUAAAGGUGGAUAUUCUAGACACAGCGGGCGACAUACAGUUCCCCGCAAUGAGGAGGCUCAGCAUAGCCACGGCUCACGCCUUCCUCUUAGUCUACUCCAUCACCUCCGCAGACUCUUUCUCUCAAGCCAAAUGUUGUCUGGAAGAGAUUCGUGAACAGCGAGCUGACUGGCAGGAAAUCCCUACUGUAGUGGCCGGCAACAAGCUGGACCUAGCAGUGACCAGACGGGAGGUCAGGGUAGAGGACGUCAGCGAGUGGCUGUUCUGCUCUCUACCUAAACUGAGAGCAAAACUGAUGGAGUGCUCGGCCAAAGAUAACUACAAUGUGCGUGACAUUUUCAAGUGUUUUGUCACUUUGUCACGGAUUUUGCCGCCGGCGGAGGACGAGACGCCACUGAAGCGACGGUCUAGCGCAUACGUCAGAGGUGGACAACGUCGUGCGGCCAGUCCUCAGACUAGCUCUGAGGCAAGCACAAGUACUCCGACCAACCCGGAACCAUCCAGGGCGAAGCCCCGCAGCCGUAGUCUCAUCAGACGUAGCAGCAGAAAAGCUAAACAGCAAAUUCGAGAUGCUCAUAAUGGCACUGAUGACUGCAACGUCUCAUAGAGCCAUAAGAUUGCAACAUCUCAUAAGUCAUGAGAUUGUGAAGUCUUCUAGAGCUAUGAGAUUGCAGCCUACAGAUUGCACCAACUCGUUUAUUUUCGUACAUAGGUGCUGAGAUUUGGACGUUAUAUUCCAAUUUGAAGUGAUUUUGGAAAUCGGAGUAGUAUACAUUGAAGUUUUUACUAAUAUAAAGUAGGUUUAUCAGUUUCUAUAUUGUGAAUGCUCAGUAAAGUUUAAAGUUGAUGUUAGCUUGAAAGAUUUUGGUAACAAAGUAACUUUGAAAAAUACUUAUAAAUGUUUGUCUUGAAAGACAAACAUGAUUAACUAUGUGGCAAGGACUGAAAGAUUAGUAUUUUAGAAUUGAGAUAUUUUAAAUACAAGAAUGAUAAUUGGGAUGGUUUCAUAAGGCUCAAUUUCUCUACUUAAUUCCUUGAACACUUUAUUUUGUAUAUUGAAUUAGAACCAUUGCCUACUUGAGUAUAAAAUUGACUGGAAGUUAAGAAAAAAACAUUCUAUGUAACAGUUGACGUUUUUUCAUUGAUAGAAAACAUAUGUGGUGGUUUUUUUUUCACUCCAGUUUUCAUAGUACCUACUUAAGUUGAUUUGAAAAUUAAAGAUGAUCAUCAUAUGAUGUCCUUUUUGGACAUGAAUUAAAUGUGGCGUUUUAAUCAAAAUUACAGCACUACUUUGUGAUGGUGUUCAACUAAACCUAUUAAUACUUUACUUUUAAAAGGCUCAAGCUUCAAAAGGCAUGGGCUCUUUAUAGAAGUUUGCCAAUAUAGAGAAAACAAAUGAUAUAAGAAAUUGGGCCUUAGUCUCUCAAACACAUUUAUUACAUCUCUUAAACCAGGUAAGAGCUUUAAUGUAGAUUGCUAGAAUAGAGUACGUUUAGGGUCAUUAUUAAUGUACUUUUAAGAUUUUUUAUGUUUAUAUGUGCAUAGUGUUAAGGGCUUGUGUAAUUUUAAGAAAUAUAAUAGAUAUUUUAGAUGGGCGAAACAUUGUUAAAUUUAUUGAAUCUCAAUAUUUAAAAAUUACAGUAUCUUAAACUAGGAAGUUAAAAGUGUAUUUUUUACUUAAACUCUGUACAAUUUCAAACCAUAACAUCUUCGAAUAUAAACGUCAUAUAUUGCCUAUGGCUUAUAUUAUUUGAUAUUAUAAUUUAUAAAAUAACUUGUUGAAAAUCACCCUGUCUGAGUAAGCUAGGAAUCAAACGCGUUGGAAUUUUGAUAUUUAAAAUUAAUUUAUAUGUUACAUAUGGGAUGGCUCAAAAUAUUUUAAUUGGUACUAUAUACUGUUUGAUGGAACCUGUCACCCCUCCCACCGUCUAAUUUGGAAUCUGGCCAAUGGCUUAAGGCUCGAGCCAUUGGUCAUUCCCAGGGAUAGGAGACAAAUUCCAUCAUACAGACAGACAUAUGGACAGAAAAUCGCCAACGGACCAAAUAAGGUGCACAUUUUUAUUUUUUACUACUUGUAAGUUUUUUGGCUUUGCUUGAAUAACUAUUAGGUAGUAAAGGCCUAUAAUACAAGAAUAAUUACGUUAUUAAGACUAAGACUGUACCACUUAGAGCUUAAUAAGUCAGCAGAUAGAUUAAAAUUAGAAGCUUGUUUUUAAAUAUUGUCUUAGAAUCAUGUUUAGUUCCCGAAUGGUUAUUUAACUUCACCAUAAACUCAAAUCGUGUUUUUUUUUAUGAUCUCAGACGCACAUAUUUAGGUAUGAUUGUAAACCAUUUAAAAUAAGUGUUGAUUUAAUGGCUAAAUGUAUUUGUUAUCCGUCCUUAAUUGUACAUAGGAUAAAUGGUAAUUACAAUAUUAUAUGUAUUGCUUUACCUGUUUAAGGUCCAUCCACAGCCAUAUUUUAAAUGUUUCAUAAGGAUCAGGUUCAAUGCAUGAUUUUAUUUUAUCCCAAUUGCUUGUAUUGUACGGAGUUAAUUGUAAAAGUUAAUGAAAGUUGUAUGUGUAAAGUAUAUCGGAAAUUCUGUUAUCUUUUUUGCUAUGGGUUAAUUUAAUACAGAAGUUUAUGGUCUAUGUCCUUUUUUGUUUGAGGGAAAUUAUUUUAUAUCCAAUAUUUAACAGAUUUAAUUAAGCUUUGAAUUAAAUUUUUUUCAGGUUUACAUGUUUCUCCGUACAUUUAGUAUCCAAAAUGUGACGGACUAUAGUGUGAUAAUUUGUGGAACGUAAAGAUCUGACAACGAACUGUCUAGAUUGAGUUUACUUGUAAUGUCUUAAUGUGUGUUUUACUAGAUAUUCCAUGUCUUUGAUGUCAUUGGUCAAUGUAUUUGACAUAAAGUGAUCCACGUUUCCUGUUAUAAUUUUGCAGAUGUUUGAUAUUAAAGUUUAUCACAGUUUAAAUUUUUUUUUUCUUUAUAUGAAAGAUUUUGCUGGAUGCCCUUGGUAGUUUUGUUAGUAAACAAACAAUUUAAUUCGCUAAUUUAACCAACAGCUGUUGUCAAAGUCGAUUCCUUUAUAUUGUGAAUAUAGUAGUUUAAGGUAAGGUUUAAAUUAUUUAGCCAACAUAUUAAAUAGGAUGUAUUAUAGUUUAAACCAUUCUUAAUUUGUGAUACUUUCAAAAUAAUUAUAAUUACGUAAAUAAUUGAUAUGCAAAAUAUUUUUUUUUAAUUUUUGUUAUUGGAUCAGCAUGAAGGUAGCAUGUAAAAAAUGUUUACGCUGGUUUAGCCUUGCAGUUGUAUGUAUGUUAUUGAAUUUCAUGUUAAUUAUUUAAUGUUCAUUGUUAUUUACAUUGUUAAAGUUUGUUAUCGAAGUAAAUUAUUAUAUUUGAUGGUUACGCUUAAAAUAGCUAUAACUGUAUGUUAUGAUCGUAAUGUAUGUAGGAUGGGAGCAAGAUUUAAUGUUUGACCAUAUC